AAUUAUAAUAAUUUAUUUUCUACUUGCGAAGGUGGACAAGUUAAUUGUGAGUGCACUUUGUUUUUUGUAUUUGAAUUAAAAGUGUAAAGUUUAUACAGUCAUUUGCAUUUUAUAAAUCCCUCCGCAACGCUGCCUUCACGGGCAUGAGCAAAAAUGACGGAAUUAUUUUGUCUUACAAACUUUAUUGAUUUUUCGCAAACUUUACAUGAACCGCUUAAACACAGCAAUCGUAUCAAGUAUACUUGCUUUGAUAUUUCUACAAAUUAUGUGAUUUUUGGAGCUACUUCUGGGUCCUUAUACCUAUUUAAUCGUUGCACUGGCAAAUUUUUGCAACUGAUACCGAAUAAACAUGGACCGGUGACGCAUUUAGCAAUAUCGGCUAAUGAAAAGUAUGUCGCAUUCUCUACACAGCGGUCAAUGAUCUGUGUGUACGCUGUGAACAUUUCUGCACAUACAACCCCACAGGUGAUCUUCACGAAUCUUAGUAGCGAUCAAACCUUACAAGUAACAUGUAUACAUUGGACACAGGAUGAGAAGCAGUUUUAUUAUGGUGAUACACGUGGACAAGUAAACUUAGUGUUACUUUCCUCAUUUAUUGGGAAGAGCUUACUGAAUAUGGGUGUGCAUCCUAUUUUAUUCUUGGAAUCGCCAAUUGUGCAAAUUGAUGAUUUUGAGUCACUACUACUUGUGUCUAACUGCAGCAAAUGCAUUUUGUGUAAUACUGAGUAUGAAGAAUACAAACAGAUUGGCAAUCGUCCACGGGAUGGUGCAUUUGGCGCUUGUUUUGCUAUUUCCACCAAUGAAGCUACACAACCAUCUCGUAUUUAUUGUUCUCGACCAGGUUCACGAAUUUGGGAGGUAGAUUUCGAAGGCGAAGUUUUGCAAACACAUCAAUUUAAAACAGCACUAGCCAUACCACCGGUAAAGAUACACAAGUUCCAGGGCACUGAAGAAGAAACGAUUUCAAAAUAUGAAGAAAAUGACGAAAUGCUCGAAUACCAGUCGCAAAAUUUACAAUUUGCUAAAAUUCAAAUGCUCAGCAAAGAUUUUCUACUCACUUUUUCCGAGUUUGGUUUGUAUGUAUUUGAUAUGCGCACAUCGGCAGUCGUUUUAUGGUGCAACCAAUUUGAGCGCAUAGUGGAUUGCCGUGUAAUUGGAAAGGAAAUUGUGAUUUUUACACAAACUGGUUCAUUAUACAGUGUGCAAUUAAAUCCAUUAAAAGCGCAUGCUUGCGUUUUGGUGCGCCAAGAAAAACUGUUGGAGUGUGCAUGUCUGAUGCGAAAACAUGUAAAAUAUUUUGCAGAUAAAGCACGAGAGGAUUAUGAUUUGAAUAUACUCAAUCAAAUCAAACGAUUUUUAAUUAACCGUCAAGAAUUUGAGUUAUUAAAUGAUCUCUCGGUUAUAUUCGAUGCAAUUAUGCAGUGUGAGGCGGUUGGCGAUAACAACAGCACGGGCAGCAGUUCCGGUACCACAGAACGUAGUGCCAGCGUUGGCGCCAUCGGUAUACAGUUUGUGCCUAAUAACAAUCAUACUCCACCGGCUAAAGAGGUCUACGUACUCGAAAAUGCAUUUUGCGAUAAUAUUCGUUCUACUAAAGGUAGUGAAAAACAUUUUAAAGAUGCACUGCUAACAGUGACCGGAAAAUUCGGUAAAAAUAUUAUCAAAUACAAAUUUAAUAUAUUCGCGGAGGAGCAAAAGAAAUUAGUACGCGAACUGAUACCGGCUAAUGAGCGCUCGAUUCCAUUUAAUGAUAUUAAAGCGAUUUACGAGAAAGAUGAAGAGAUUGUGUGUCGAACAAAAAAAGCGCAAGUCACAGAAGCUAAACAAAAUAUGUCUAAUAAUGGGCAUAAUAUAAGCGCGGAGGAGAAAACCAUAUAUAAUUUAUAUUUAAUAUGUAAAAGUGCAAAAAUAAGCAACAUCAAUUUUGUGGAACGCUACCGUUCAUUAUUCGAUGAAUACACUGCACGCGAAUUAAUCGACUUGUUAGGUAAAUUGCAGAAGGUAAUGCAAGAGCAUGGUGAUAAUGCCGAACAGGCACGUAAAAACUGCUACGAGAUGUACUUUAAUUACCUGAAUACGGAGCUUAUUUGGGAAAUGGACGAUUAUACGCGCGACUUUAUAGCGGAGGGUUUCGUGCUGCUCAAUACAUCAGCGGAUAUAGUGCGUUGCGAUAAUUGUGCCUUUCCAUUGCGUUUUGACAACACUUGUGGCUUUCACGAAUUGGGCGCGGUAUUGUUACGUUACUAUUGGUCGCGUAAUGAACAGGUGAAAUGCUUUGAUGUGCUAAUGCAAGUGCCAGCGCUGCUGGAUGUGUUAGCGAAAUUCUAUUUAGCUGAAAAUAAUGUGGAUAAAGUCGUGCCGAUCGUUUUAAGCUACCGGCAACCCGAAUUGUUAUUGGAAAUCGGCAAAGGUUUAAGCUUAGCAGCAUGGGCGCGUUGCUUUGAACAAUUUGUCGAUUUGCAGCAAGGACGCUUGUGUUGUGUCAACUGUGAAUGCGUGACAACGGUUGAUAAUGUCAACCAGCAUUUUUUCUACACAUGGAAUUGCUUUCUAAGCAUCGCACUGGAAUACCUACAGGCGCAGGAGAUAUUCGCAAUGAUUUUUAAAUGGUCAAAUUAUAUAGCAAAUGAUGCUAUAGAUCGCGAAUUCUACACGCGCUGUAUGUUGAAGGGUUAAGCUCAGCGGCAUGUGAAAUUGAGGAGUCAAAAAGCACGUACAUACGUACAGGCAAUAAUAAGACAAAACACACGCAUGUGGUGUGUAUGGGAAUGCCUGAAUAUGUAAAUUGGUUUGCAACAUGAAUAUAUUCACUUAACUUUUAUUUUAUAUUUGUACACAUUGAGAACAUUGUUUAAUCAAAUGCAAAUAUGCAUCAACAUCUUUCUGCCAUAUAUUUACUAAUUACCAUAUAUUAAAAAUAUAUUAGAAGUUAAAGAUCUAAAGUGCAAGUAAGCAAACAGUUAAAUAUUUAAUUACAGAAAAAUAUUUAUAUAUACACAUAAAAAAAGUAUACACAUGUUUGAAAUGUAUGACGAAUUUAAAUGCUAUGGGUCUUUAAUGAUAUCGUUGCAAUCGAAAAUUCCGGCUAUUGGCUUUUGCCGCAUAUAUACACAUACAUAUAUAUAUUGUUGCAGCAAUAUUGAAAUUCCCAUAUUGCAGCGUUACAUAAAGUAUUAUAUUGAUGAAAAUCUAAAGUAUAUA